AUGAAUUGGUUGUUCCAGGUGGUCUAUUUAUUGUUAGCAUUACAACUGGUGGAGGCGAGCUACGCCCCCAAUACCAAAGCCCAGUGCCCCACCACCAAGAGCCUUAUCCGAGAAGCAAAAGAUAUAUCCGAUCAAGAAAAAGACUGGCUAAAACAGAGACAAGCAAAGACGCAAAAAGCGUUACAGUCUUACCUCAAAAAGGUGGGGCUUAACGAAACCGAUAAAUUGGACGAUGUCACCAUUGGCGUCGCUAUCUCCGGCGGCGGUUACCGGCUGAUGCUUGUUGGUGGUGGCGAAGUGGCUGGGCUCGAUCUGCGAGUAAAUAGUCCCUUGGGCGGUGUGUUAGACCUGGCAACAUACAUCUCGGCCCUCUCCGGGGGACUGUGGCUUUUGCACUCGAUGAUGGCGUACGAGUGGCCGUCGGUGGCUCAAUUGCAGGACAAAUGGCAGGUGGACAAGAACCACGCGUUGAUCAAUCUGCUGGCCAACUGGUUCAAAUUGGGGUGGAGUGUGCUCACCAAUAAUUUAGAGGGGGCAUUGACUCAAUUGAAUAACUGGCCUCAAAUUAAGAACGAGACGGAUGCCAAGCGACAGGCCGGGUUUGGCGUCACUUUGACCGACUACUGGGGGCGGGGACUCGCCUACCAGAUGACUCCGGGACCCGAUUACGGUCGUAACCGCACGUUACUGGAUAUCCGGGACUCGACGCCGUUUAAGAACCACGACAUGCCAUUUCCUCUCAUCAUCGCUGUGGGGCGUCGUCCCGGUACUCUAGUGUACAAUUUGAACUCGACGGUGGUGGAAAUGAACCCUUACGAGAUCGGGUCGUUCGACACCUCGCUCAACUCGUUUUCCGAUAUCAAGUACUUGGGCACUCACGUGGACAACGGCAGGUUCAACCAGUGCACCACGGGGUUCGACAACUUAGGCUUUGUCGCGGGGACGCUGCUGCUGUUGUUUAACCAGUACCUCCACACGUUAGUGUGUGACGACUGUGACCAGCUUAAUUUCAUCGUCAAAUGGAUCGCGAAGAAGUUCUUGACUUAUUUGAGCAACAGCUACCAGGACGUCGCCGAGUAUAGGCCCAACCCCUUCUACAACUCCGAGUACGCCGCCCUGUCCAAUAUCACCAAGAACGACACGUUAUACUUGAUAGACGGCGGGCUUGCUGGCGAAACCAUCCCGCUCUCGUCGUUGAUGACCAAGGAGCGGAAACUCGAUAUGGUGUUUGCCUUUGACAACGGUAACGAUAGAGAUAACUCGUUCCCCUCUGGCGAGGCGCUAGUGUUGACCUAUCAGCGUCAAUUUGGCGACCAGGGGAAACUGACGCUAUGCCCUUAUGUGCCUCCCGCCUCAACAUUCUUGCAGCAGAACUUCACUGCCCGUCCCGUAUUCUUUGGCUGUGACGCCAAAAACUUAACCGGUUUGCAAAAAGACGGUGUCACGCCUCCCUUAGUGGUGUACAUGGCUAACCGGCCUUACAACACGUUGUCCAACGUCACCUUAUACCAAUUGGACUAUACCAAUCAACAGCGGGACCAGCUAGUCGAUAACGGCUUCAACGUCGCCACGCGGGCCAACGGCACCUUCGACAGCGACUGGGCCCAGUGUGUCGCCUGUGCCAUGAUCAGACGGUCGCAAGAAAGGCAGAACGUGCUGCAGUCUGAUGCCUGCCAAAAGUGCUUUAAGAAGUACUGCUGGGACGGCCUGGUGUCUCCCAACGAGCCCGACUAUGCUGCCAACGUCAACUAUACCGAGCUGGGCCUCACCAACGGGACGAUGAUGGCGUUGAUCAACCAGCCCACCGUGCUUAAACGGUUGAUUGAGUACGCCAACUCGGCGCCGGCGUGGUCGUCGUCGGGGAUGGCCGUCGUCGCCGCCGUCGCCGCCGCCGCGUUCAUGUGA